GCAGCCCGCGGGGCGGCGGGGCGGCGGGCGGCAGCGAUGGCGUCGGGGUGCAGGGUGGGUCCCUCCAUCCUCAACAGCGACCUGGCGGCGCUGGGCGCAGAGUGCUGCCGGCUGCUGGACUGCGGCGCCGACUACCUCCACCUGGAUACACUUCGUCCCGAACAUCACCUUCGGCCACCCCGUCGUGGAGAGCCUGCGCAAGCAGCUAGGCCAGGAGCCCUUCUUCGGUUAGGAGCGGCGAAUGGCUCGGCAGUCAUUUACCUUCCUGUGCUUUCUGCUUUGUUCUGUUGGCGUACGAGACCCUCAAAAGAUAUGCACAUGAUGGUUGCCAGACCAGAGCAGUGGGUGAAGCCAAUGGCUGUUGCUGGUGCAAACCAAUACACCUUUCAUCUGGAAGCUACAGACAACCCAGGGGCCUUGAUAAAAGACAUUCGGGAGAAUGGGAUGAAGGUUGGUCUGGCGAUCAAGCCUGCCACCACAGUUGAACAAUUGGCACCUUGGGCCAACCAGAUAGACAUGGCUUUGGUGAUGACCGUAGAGCCUGGAUUUGGAGGGCAGAAAUUUAUGGAAGACAUGAUGCCGAAGGUUCAGUGGCUGAGGACACAGUUUCCCUCACUGGAUAUUGAAGUGGAUGGAGGAGUUGGGCCCGACACCAUCCAUAAGUGUGCAGAGGCAGGUGCGAAUAUGAUUGUAUCUGGCAGUGCAAUUAUGAAGAGUGCAGAUCCAAGAUCUGUGAUCAACCUCCUAAGGAAUGUGUGUUCAGAAGCAGCUCAGAAGCGCUGCCUGGAUCGAUGAGACCCACCCAAGCAGUGUCAAAGAAGGCUCUGUGUGUGCGGGAGAACCUUGUUUCUCCUGCAGAAGGGAGGGCUGGAUGAACGGUAAUUACAGAAACUUUGUUGCUGCUGACCAGAGGAAUCAUUCCUGCGCUGCAAUGAAGCAAGCAGCUGUGAAAAACAUUCUGGCUGUCUUUCAGGGUUGGAAAUGCAAUGGUUUGAACCUGUCUCUUGAUUCUGUGGAGGCUAAUUUUGUGGCACAACCUAUAGCACUGACUGGAUUGAACGAAGUUUCAGUCAGUUUUUUGCUUGCUAGAAGAGUGUAGCAUCACCAAACGCAAUCUUUCUUGGGGAAAACUAAUCAAACAGCUGUCUGUAUUUUGUCAAUUGAUCUGUGCAUUCCUACAAAACUUUUGCAAUAUCUGCAUUAAACACCUCUCCCUUGGUG